AUGUCUGAUUCUGCCCCUCCACGUUCCAAACUUUUUUGCAGGGUGUGAAUCAUAUUGCCUCUUGUCGGACCACAAGCUGUCUUUCUUUUCCACACAUUGACGCAGCUCCUAUCCUUCUUCUUUACGAGAUUUCACUCGCCUUUCUCUACAUCUUCUGCCUCUCAGCCUCCUGUUCUGGUCUCCCUCCUCCCAGUCCUGACCCGGUCACCCAAGUCCGCUAACACUUCCACAAAAUGCCUGCCAUUGACGCUCCUCUCGAGCUGAGCGAAGAUGUCAGAGUCCUUGGUUACGACCCUCUGAUCCCUCCUGCCCUCCUCCAAAGCGAGAUUCCAGCCUCCAAAGCCUCCAUCGAGACCGUCUCCAGAGGCCGACGAGAAUGCAAAGAGAUUGUCCACCAACGAGACGACCGACUUCUAGUCAUGGUCGGACCCUGCUCAAUUCACGACCCGGCAACAGCUCUCGAGUACGCGGGCCGACUAAAAGAGCUCGCCGGGAAGCUAUCCUCCGAUCUGUGCAUAAUCAUGCGAGCCUACCUUGAAAAGCCGCGAACCACUGUCGGCUGGAAGGGACUGAUCAACGACCCCGACAUUGACGAGUCCUACAAGAUCAACAAGGGCUUGCGAGUCUCACGACAACUCUACGCCGACCUCACAGGCAUGGGCAUGCCUAUCGCCAGCGAAAUGCUUGAUACCAUCUCUCCUCAAUUCCUUGCCGACCUCAUUUCCCUCGGUGCCAUUGGCGCCCGAACCACAGAAUCGCAACUUCACCGUGAACUCGCCUCCGGCCUUUCUUUCCCCAUCGGCUUCAAGAACGGCACAGACGGCUCCCUAAGCGUUGCCAUCGACGCAGUCGGUGCGGCUGCUGCUCGACACCACUUUAUGGGUGUCACCAAGCAAGGUCUAGCUGCCAUCACCAAGACGAGCGGCAACGAGGACGGCUUCGUCAUCCUUCGAGGAGGCUCAAAAGGCACAAACUACGACGCCGAGAGCGUCAAGGCUGCAAGAGAAGCCCUGAAGAAAAAGGGACUCAAAGAAGUCAUGAUGAUCGAUUGUUCGCACGGAAACUCCAAAAAGAACCACAAGAACCAACCUGGCGUCGCCCAGACAAUAGGUGACCAGUUAAGACAGGGCGAGGAUUCAAUUGUCGCUGUCAUGAUCGAAUCCAACAUCAACGAGGGCAGUCAGAAAGUGCCUUCCGAGGGUGGUCUCGCCAGUCUGCAGAAGGGCAUCAGCAUCACCGAUGCAUGCAUUGACUGGGAAACCACGGUCCAAGUCCUCGAGCAGCUAGCGGAUGCCGUCCGGACGAGGCGACAAGUCAGAGCCAAGCAGCAAAAUGGCACGAACGGUGUCAACGGCCAUCAUUAGAGCCGAUUCGGCCUGGACUUUGCAAACAUCUAGGGUGACAUGAUAUUAGUCUUCUUUCCAAGACUCAUUCUCAUUCUCAAGUUUAUGGAGCAUACGGCGGGCGUAUCCUUUCGCAUUUCCACAAGGACUGAAAGGCGGAAAAGAAAGCUUCUCUGUUCUCCUUCCCAUACUCUGGCUUUGAUAUGUAAAGGCGCAAAAGGGAUCUUAAAAAGGACAUCGAGAGUUCACACUUCAAAAAUGUCAAUUAUUACACUAUUCUCAAAGGCCUUCCAUACGCACGCU